AUGCUGGAGCCGUGGCUGGAGAGCAAGGGCCUGGCGGGCGCCAACCAGGUGCUCGCCUACUUCGCGGUGUCCAGGCUCGGCGAGCCCCCCGUCGACGGCAUCACCGCCGCCAACCCCGAGGGCCUCACCGCCGCCUUCGGCGCCUGGGCCCCCGCUGUGCUUGAGAAGGGAGCCUUUGAGAAGCAAAUGCUAGAGAAGCUGAUUUGGAUUUCAGCUUUCAUGCUCGUUGGAGCUCGUCAUCCUGGGGCUACAGUUGGUGCGGUUGAAAAAGAAUACUGUUCUGAGGUAUCCAGCCUCAUAGUUGAAUUAGCAUCUGUCGCGGCUGCAGAGCGGGGGCUUUCUUUCGACGAGGGCAUGGAAGAGAGGCUCUGCGCCUACUCCAGAGCGGUGGCACACUAUCCAACCGCCGUGAAAGAGGCAAGCCCUACCGCUGCCAAUCUAUGCAAUGGAACCCGCUCACCUUUCAAGUGGAGGAAUGGUUGGUUCUACUCGCUCACCGAAAAGGCCCUCACGGAAGGAAAGCCAGAUCCAUGCCCACUCCACACAGCUUGGCUCAAGGAGAUUAAAGUCAUAUAG